AUGAAGUACGCUGCUGUCCUCGCUCUCGCCGGCCUCGCCGCCGCUGGUGCUGUCCCCGCCCAGAACGGUACCGUCUACACCACCGAGGUUGUGACUGCCUACACCACCUACUGCCCCGAGCCCACCACCAUCACCGACGGCGACAACACCAUCACCAUCACUGAGCCCACCACCGUCACCAUCACCCACUGCCCCGGUGGUUGCACCAUCAAGAAGCCCAUCCACUCCACCCCCGCCGUCGUCUGCGGUGAGGAGUGCGCUCCCAAGCCCACCGCCAACGGCACUAUUCCCACCUACCACCCCACCGGCAGCAUUCCUGCCCCCACCCAGCCCGCCGUCCCUGCCGGUGCUGCCAAGGUCGCCGGUGCUGGCCUCGCUGCCUUCCUCGGUGUCGUUGCUUUCGCCCUCUAA